CCCUGGGACCCACCAGGGACAAUUGGUAUUGCGAUUCAUCUGACAGGACGAGAACUUGAACGGCGUUACAGUCCUCUGGGGGAGUUGCUAGUACUCAGUUUGGGUGACGUUGGGCUUCCAAGAUUCCUCAUGCCAAACGAAUCCUUCAGAAGGCGUGCCAGCUACUACUUACCGGUCAACCGGCCAGUACAUGAAGCUUACCUGAAGAGUCUUGACACCGCUCGAUGCGAUCGUCCACUCGGAGCGCCCAAGACGGAUGUGGCAUGUGUCGGCGCGGGCGUCGAGUCUCAUGCAUCCUCCUACCACACUUCCAUGCACCAUGCCUGUGCGUGACACGGGCGUAUCUCCAGACAUCACGCAUAGGACCACAGCGCACAGGAUGUAGCGCGUCUCACCUAGCUGAGAUACUUCAAAAGCGAGGAGAACUCAAGACUGGUACGACAGCGCAGAUCUCCCGCUUUCCAGUGACGCCAUGCCAGAGCCCGUCCCAAAGAGAAGAGACACCACUCAAGAAGGCACUCAGCAUUGCAGUGCAGUACUCUUCUCUGAGCACUUAUGAGCCGCCGCUGGACCUCGCUGGAACGCAUAACGACCCAAAGAUCUUGUCUGCCCUCUUAGUUGACUUGUAUGGAUACGAUAGCAAUAACAUCACCAUAUUGAUGGACGACGAUCCUAACGGUGAUCCUCAACGACUCCCCACCAAGGAAAACAUUGUGGGCCAAGUUUCGGAGCUUUGCUCGUCAAGCAAUGCAACCUUGCCAGCUUCCCCGAGAUUAAGCGCUGUCUAUUUAGUCUCCGGGCAUGGCGCCCAAGUGUCGAAGGGUGAUACUGAAAAAACCGAUGAUGUCAUCUGGCCCGCCGACGUAGAAGUCGAUUCCGACGGGAACUUCGCAAAUUACAUUAUGGAUGACGAGAUCCAUGAUAUUCUAGUGAAGCACAUCCCUGUAGGCGCACAUUUCAUGAUGGUCUUCGACUGCUGCCAUUCUGGCACGUUAGCCGAAUUGCCAAACGACAAUGAACGUGACACUCCGCCCUUAACUCCUUCGUCUGCCACGUCGGGCACGAUGUCAAUACCACCGAAUGUCAAUGCCAUCCGUGUGCGAGGAUCGCACGACGUUCGCAUUCAGCGCGAGACUCGUGAAGAAGAAUUUAAGCCCGCAGUGCCUUUUACUCAUAAUCUGGAUGAAAACGCGCCGUCGGUCGUCGCGGAUAUAGUGAACACUGGAUGGGCCCAAGGGAGGACUAUUCAUAAAUGUGAGCUUUUCUGCGCACGUCUGGUUCUGAAGGGAACUGUUAGAUGCACCUCAGGCUUUGGCUAAGGCUCUACGUAAGUUUCGCAUAACCCCUCCUCUUCUACGACGCUAACGUCUUACAAGGGAGUAACCCGAAAGCGAGCCACGCAGAGCUGCUGGGCAACGUGACGUACGCUCCAGUGAAUUAGAGUGAUGCGUAUACGCACUAAUCGGCCGUUAACCACUACAUAAGGCGCGAGAUCAAGAAGAUUGUUACAAGUUUAACGAGCACCAUCACACAGAUGUUGGGUUCCAAAGCCGGAGAUGGAGUGUGGGCGCCGUUGAAAGAAGUGAUGCCCGCGCCGGUGA